AUGCUAGACUUUGUCCUCCACCCGUCUUCUCCUGACACGAGCGGCAUACCUGUCGAAGAUGAGAGGCUGCAGAAGGUGACGGAGUGGGUGUCCAAGCAGGAAGAUCCCAUUGACGGCGAACUGCUGCCAGAUGCAUCUCAGACCGCAAAGGAGCUUCUGGCGAAGGGCCUGUUUAAGGUCAAGUUCACCGCGGCUCUCCUUAACGGGAUUGAACCCGAAGAUUGUGGGGGCGUGGGCACUCCGUUCGAGAGCGAGGGCAACGGCGACUGCUUGUUGAAUUCGGUGGCGACCUUCUUUGCCAAGGAGGGAGGUCGAAAAGCGAACCUGGCAUGUACUGCGAUCACACGCUGGAUGCCCAGGGACGAUUGGUGGAUGUGUUUUGGGCUACCGUCCAACAGCAAGAACAGAUUGCAAGAUUUGGGGGCUACAUACAGCUGGAUACAACGGUGUUCACGAACAGGUGCACACAAUACCCCCUUCGACAGGUUGCAUGUCUCCACAGCAAAUGUGGGACCGCUCGUUACGCUACGCUGCUCAUGGUUGCCCCUUUAA